UUAUUUUUCUGCUGCUCACCUUUCACAAUGAAGGAGGAUCAAGUCGUGCUGGAAGAACCAGGAUUCCAAGAUGAAGAGGAAUCUUUGUUUCAAGACAUUGACCUGUUACAAAAACAUGGGAUUAACGUGGCUGACAUUAAGAAACUGAAGUCCGUAGGAAUCUGUACCAUCAAAGGGAUACAGAUGACAACUAGAAGAGCACUAUGCAAUGUCAAAGGGCUCUCAGAAGCAAAAGUGGACAAAAUUAAAGAGGCAGCCAACAAACUCAUUGAGCCAGGAUUCUUGACUGCCUUUGAGUACAGUGAGAAGAGAAAGAUGGUUUUCCAUAUCACCACUGGGAGCCAGGAAUUUGAUAAGUUGCUAGGAGGUGGAAUUGAAAGCAUGGCAAUCACAGAAGCUUUUGGAGAAUUUCGUACUGGAAAAACCCAGCUCUCUCAUACCCUCUGUGUGACAGCUCAACUUCCAGGAGCAGGUGGCUAUUCAGGAGGAAAGAUUAUCUUCAUUGAUACAGAAAAUACUUUCCGUCCAGAUCGCCUUCGGGACAUUGCUGACCGCUUCAAUGUAGACCAUGACGCAGUACUGGACAACGUCCUUUAUGCCCGUGCAUAUACUAGUGAACAUCAGAUGGAGCUACUUGAUUAUGUAGCAGCAAAGUUCCAUGAAGAAGCCGGCAUCUUCAAGCUAUUGAUCAUUGAUUCAAUAAUGGCACUUUUUCGAGUAGAUUUCAGCGGUCGUGGGGAGUUGGCUGAACGGCAGCAAAAAUUGGCCCAGAUGUUGUCACGACUCCAAAAAAUCUCAGAAGAAUAUAAUGUGGCUGUGUUCGUGACCAAUCAAAUGACUGCUGAUCCAGGAGCAACUAUGACUUUUCAGGCAGACCCCAAAAAACCCAUCGGGGGACACAUCCUGGCUCAUGCUUCAACAACAAGAAUAAGCUUGAGAAAAGGAAGAGGAGAACUGAGAAUUGCAAAGAUUUAUGACAGCCCUGAGAUGCCUGAAAAUGAAGCCACCUUCGCAAUAACUGCUGGAGGAAUUGGGGAUGCCAAGGAGUAGGUGGCAAAUUGAUGCAAAUUGCUUCUUAGUGCUUAUUAGGAGCUGAAGAAAUGGAAAAGCAGUCUGAAAUUUCAGAACUUGAAGUAAGAGUUUGUUUUUUUUCACAUGCUAUUAGAGGAAAGUCAACAAAAGAAAUUGAAAUCUUAUAUUUAUCCUAAAAGUCCCUGAUGUAUAAUCCCUAUACAUUGUAUGUCAAUUCAGGAAUAUAUGUGUACAUAUAUAGAUGUAUAUGUGUAUAUAUGAAUAAAGCUAUAGAAAACUAGUUGGGAAGGGGGUACCCGAACCCAUCACUUUAGCUGUCCAAAGUCAGCCACUAAACAGAUAGAAAAUCUACAAGCUCAGACACGCCCCAUUCUCCCACCAUUUUCCCUUGAACACUUACAGAAGUGGAGACACUUCCAAAGGAGGGAGCCAGUUAAGGAAGGAAUGUUUACAGAACACACAAAAAAGCUUUUUUUAAAUUUACAACAUCAAACUGUACCUUCACCUCUAUAGCAAUGGAAAAGAAGUAUUAAAUUAAAUUAAGUUUUAAUCCA